GGUGCGUAGUAACAAACAAAACAACAAAGAGAACGUUGACAAAAAAACUGGAUCUUUUACACAAAAAUAGCUGUAACUACCCUUACGAUCAUAUAUCAUCCUUAUAAAAGGUUUCUUUUAAGUCUUUAAGACAAAGUUUUUCUUAAUGUUGAAGUUAAAUUCAUCUGGUGGUAAGUUUGACAUUACUAUUGAUGAAUCUCUUUUUGGAGCUGGUAAAAAAGACACAGUAAAGGGACAUAUGGUAACAAGGCAGUCUCGUGCUCAAGGCAAGCAACAAACAAAACCAACAAAACCAACAGCAGCCAGCAUAUCAGACAUAGGACCAAGAGGUAGAAAUGCCAAGCAAUCCAAGCAGGGUAAAGCAAAAAGCAGACAAGAAAAGAAAGUACCUAGACCUAUUUCAGUAUCGAAUGCUACUGUAGCAAAGACUGAGGAAAGCAAACCCUAUGAUGCUGGGGUCAUUAGUAAAGCACAUUUAGACAGUAUCUUAUUGCUGUUGAACACUGAAGGGGUUUCAAAUGAAAAGAGAAUUUCACCAGAGGGCCUUAAGUCUCAGUUGAGGACAUCUCUUGGUAAGAAUAAACCCACAGAACUCAAAGAUGUAGGUGUCGAGCCUAAUGACAGCAGUCUUCAUGAAGAAAGGAAUAAAUCAAGGAAUGAAUCAGUAUCAAGUAAAAUUGUGAAAAAAGACCAAGAAAAUGAAAAUCAGAUGUACAAUACUGUGCAGGUUGAUAAAGAAGAUAAAAAAUUGCAAUGGAAAAGAGAAUUAGAUGAACAAGUUUUAUUAAAAAAGAAAACCAAGGAGGAAGAAAAACAAGAGAAUAAUAAAGACAUUGAGGAGUAUAACCCAUGGGGCUGUCCUGGUGCAGGUGCACCAAUCAGAAGUCAGUCUGGAAACGUUGUAGCUAACUUCAGACCUGAUAGGAAAAAGAAUGAAAUUCCCAAUAAUGAAAAUAUUACUGCGUCCAAUGAAACCUUUGCAGCAUCACUAGUCCCUUCAUCCCAUAAUACUAAAAGUCAGUCAAGAUCAAGCCCUGUCACUACAGUAGCCACUAGUACCAGUGAUGUCAACACAACUUUGCCAGUUGCUAUGAGGAGUUCUUUCGCUAUAGGUGCACCUGGUUUAGUUGCACAUGAUACUCAAACUAAGAGGCUCAAGGAAAUACAGUGGAAGCAAGAACUACAAAUGCAAAUCGAGGGGAAAAAAGAAAGAGAAAGACAGAGAAAACUCAAGGAGGCUCAAGAGGAUUUCCUGAACUUAUCAUGGAAUGCCAAAAACCAGAAACAACAAAAUCUAAAAAUUGUCUCACCACCUCAGCGAACCACAGAUAUGAGCAGCCAAGUUAGUGAUCAAUGUGAAAAGAAACCUUGGGAGGAUAUUCAACCACAGGCUACCCAAGAAACUACCCAAGAAAGCUCAAUGCCUCUCAAUGCCUUGUCGAAUAGUAGCCUAAAGACACAUGCUCGCGGGUUUGGAAUGCAGUUAAUGGAUCCUCAGGCCAAAGAAGAAGCUGAAAAGAAGAGACUAAAGAUGCUCGAACACCAGCAUGCUAUUCAAGAACAAGUCGAGGAGAAACGUCGCAUAAAACAGCGGGAAAGAGAGCAGCGUUUGAAGGACGAAGCCAUCGAGGAGUCACGUUUUGCUGAAGAAAGGGAAAAACUUAACUUAGCUUUCAUCAUGGAACGAAAGCAGAAAAGACAAAAAGAGGAAGAGGCCAAACGUAUCAGUGAAGCCCUACAACAAAGUGUCUUGGAUGCAUACCAAGCAUCACAACAGGCAAAAGCUGACAAGCGGAGAAAACAUUUCGGUGCUACUGGACAAGAGACUGGUGCAACUAUGUCUAGAUCUUAUGUAGUGUCCCAGGCCACUUCAGAAGACAAACACAUUGCCUCAGACAGCAUGCCUGGUAUUCCUGGUAAUAACAGCACUUCACCUCAAAUCACAGGAAGAGAAACCCCAAGGACAAAUAGGUCCAUAGGUCGAACUUCACAUUUAACUGGCAGGAAUUCUCCACCAGUUCCGACUUUGAGAAAUAARAUGAUUGAAAAAUCUGAAUUCACGUCUCCCAAAUCUUGCAGCACGGUACCUCCAGCAUCUACAAAGACCAGUCUUCAUCGAACUGUCAGCUCACACUCUGAACCUUGUGAUGGUUCAUUAGCUUUGUCUUCUAGUUGGAGAGGUACUAAGGGAAGUGAUGCCGGAGGUUUUGCGACACACUGUGAUAAACCUCUGUCUGACUCUAGAGGUCUGAAGGAUGAUGGAAUGUUUAACCGCCCCUUUUCUACAUUGGAGGAUGCGUUUACGAUUCCAUAUCACCGUACAGAUAGCGCAACACUUCCUGCGCCACCAGAAAGACCUGAACCUAAUACUUUUCAAGGGGCGACGAAUGUUUCUCCAAGAGCAAAGAAAAAGAAGGAAUUAAACAAUCAAAGGUACCCUAAGAAUGCUCCGCAAAAUAUUGGGGAAACUAUUACACCAGUAUACAGGACAGUGUCUUCUCACUUAGAACAUGAACGAGCAGAACCUGAAGUCUCUCCACUGAGAGCCAAGGAAAACAAAAGCAUUCGACCUAGACCUCAAGCACAGUCUACUAAGUCAACACCUUCUCACAGGAGUGGCAGUAAGCCACUCAGAAUGGAAAAUGAUAAAAAGCUCUUGAAACAAUCUACCAACACUCAACAAAGACAGGGUAAAAAGUUGGAGAAAAAGACUUUGAAGGAUCAUUCCGCGCUAAGAAAUGAUGUCUCUUCUAUGUCAUCGGCUCAGCAAGUUGCGCCUGAACCUUCACCUACAGCACGACAAGAAAUGAUUCUACAGCAACUAGCUGCUUUGAGACAGGGGUUGAUCAUAAAAGAAAGAGAAUUAAAGCAUGACGAUACAAUACACCAUUUUAAUAUGUAGCAUUGCUGUAAUCAUCAAAAUAUAAAGAGGAAUUGUUACAUAUUAAAAUUGUUUUAUACAGUUGACACAGGCUGUAGGAAAGAAAAUAGAAAUUGUAUUUAUUGAAACAGUCUACGUAUGACAACUAAAUGUCAAUAAAGUGAAUUCAGUCAUUAGACCCGUGAUAUAGAUACUAAACUAAUACACAUUGGUAGGGUAGGCCCAAUUUCCAUUGUAUCGCUUUUGUUUCUAGUAUUUGACUAUUACACCUUGACGGACAUUUUUUAUUUAUUUCACGGGUUAAUGCUUUCACUCUAAUAAACAGUAUAUCAAAUUAUAUAUCUAACGAAUUAGAACUUAUCGAGUAAAAAUGAUAGUAAAAGGUUUUUUUUUCAAA